UUUAUUUUUAUUUUUUGAAUUUAAUUGAGUGCUUUAAAAAUUCGGAAACUCAGAUUUUACUUGAGACAUUCAACAAAGAGCCAGAACUAUGCAAAGUAAGAUGGAGAAACUUUCUAAUGUUAACUUUACGAUGACCAAUGGUAACGUAUAUGAGCCACCGCAAGGAGAGAUGGAAGAAAAACUAGCUGCAAUCUGGAGUGAGCUGCUAGGCAUUGAGUGCAUCAGUCGGCGCGACAAUUUCUUUGCAUUGGGCGGUCAUUCUCUUCUGAUUGUACGAAUGCUGACACAAUUGCGACAAGCCGGGUUGGACACUUGCUUCGGGAAAGUAUUUGGCACGCCCAACUUGGCCGCUCUUGCAAAAACCGUCGUUCACUACAAGACACCCGGUAUUCCAUCCAAUCUGAUUACUAAAGACAGCACAAUGAUUACUCCGGACAUGUUGCCACUUAUCGAUUUAACUCAGCAAGAGAUUGAUGAAUUAGUCGCCCAGGUGCCGGGUGGUAUAGCUAAUAUUCAAGAUAUCUACGGAUUGGCACCGUCACAGCAAGCCAUUUUAUCCAAUCAUAUAACGGCCAAACAUGGCGAUCCGUACUUGCUGGUUAAUUGUUUAGAAUUUAUUGACCGAUCGGCACUGGAACGUUAUGCAGCUGCUUUGCAACACGUUAUUGAACGACGCGAUAUUUUACGCACCGUAUUUAUAUGGAAAGGACUCAGCGAACCCGCACAAGUCGUUUUGCAUCGGGUUCCAUCGUUACUUGCAGAAGUUUCGCUGGAUGAUACUGAUGAGACAGUGCAAGAAAAAUUAAAAAAUCGUUUUAGUCCGCGUCACUACCGCCUAGACUUAAGACAAGCACCACCAAUGCAACUAUUUGUGGCACCAACAUCUGAAGGAGGCUGGACGGCAAUACAGUUGAUGCAUCAAAUAAUUGGUGAUCAUUCGACCGUACAGAGACUGUAUUCAGAAGUCCAGACUAUAAUCAACGGAGAGAAUGAACAGUUGGCAACGCCCACACCAUUCCGCCAUGUAGUGGCUCAAGCUCGUUUAGGAGUUAGUCAAGCUGAGCACAAUCAGUUCUUUAGCGGAAUGCUAGCCGAUAUUGAUACGCCGACCUUGGCAUUUGGCCUGAACGAUAUACAACUUGAUGGAACUAAUAUCGAUGAAGCGAAUCUAAAGAUUCCACAAGCACUCAAUAAUCAGUUACGAAUGCAUGCACGCCAUUUCCGUGUCAGUUUGGCUAGCUUGUGUCAUUUGGCUUGGGCACAAGUACUAGCCCACACGAACGGAAACGAAAACAUAGUCUUUGGCACUGUGUUACUUCAACAAUUUUACUCCGGAAAAGAAAAUGACAGUGCCAUGGAAAUAUUGACCAAUACGUUACCAUUUCGGUUAGAUAUCGAUGACACUGCAGUCGAUGAUGUUGUGCGCAAUGUUCAUUCUCGAUUGAGUGCUUUACUGACACACGAACACGCAUCGCUUGCUUUGGCACAACGUUGUAGUGGAGUUCCUGCUGGUCUACCACUUUUUAAUGCUUUACUGAACUACCGCCAUAAUUUCCAAACUGAGAAUAUCACUGAACUGUCCGCUAGUGAAGCACAAACAAUUCAUCCAUUAACCAUGUCGGUAGACGACAACAAAGAAGCGUUAUAUCUAACAGCCCAGGUGAUGUCGCCAAUUUCAGCAGUACGAAUAUGUGCCUAUAUGCAACAAGCUCUGAUAUCGCUGGUCGAUGCAUUGGCUGAUACACCACAUCAACCUGUACGGGCAUUGACAGUGAUGCCAUCAGAAGAGCGUGAAAUGCUGUUGCAUAUAUGGAACCAAACGAAUGUUAAUUAUCCAUCUGAUCGCUGCCUUCAUCAGUUAUUUGAGGCACAAGUGGAACGCGAUGGACGAGCAAUUGCCGUGAAGUGUGGUGAUGAAAGUUUAAGCUAUGAAGAACUCAAUGUACAGUCUAACCGGCUAGCACAUUUUCUGAUUGCACAAGGAGUCAAACCAGAUGAUCCCGUCGCACUUUGCGUUAAGCGCAGUACAAAACUACUCGUUGCCAUUUUGGGUAUUCUAAAAGCUGGCGGUGCCUAUGUGCCUCUUGACCCGGCUUAUCCGAGUCAACGGUUGACAAAUAUUCUGGUGGAUGCAGACCCACGGUGUUUGUUGGUAGAUUGCAUUGGUAAGAAAGCACUUGUAGAUCAUGAAGUGCCAGUGCUCGAUUUGGAUGAAGCGUUGCCAGACAAUCUUUCGACCUGCAAUGCUGACCCAGCCAAACUGGGACUUACUUCGGCACAUUUGGUCUAUAUAGUUUAUACCUCCGGAACGACCGGAGUACCAAAAGGGGUAUUAGUCGAACAUCGGCAAGUAACAAACUAUCUUUACUGGUGUAAGGAGACGUUCGCGACUGAAGAUUUCCAGCAUACAUUGUUUUCAACUUCUGUCGGUUUUGAUCCAUCCGUUUUUCAAUCUUUUGCUCCGUUGUCAAUGGGAAAGACGACACAUAUCGUUGCCAAUCCACUCGCUAUUACAAAAAUACCAUUGAACUUCUCCCUACUGGACACUGUACCUUCUGUCGUGAAUGUAAUACUAAAUGCGAGCACUCUACCAUUUUCACUUCGUACUCUCAGUGUCGUAGGAGAGCCGCUAAACGCACGCCUAAUCAAUCGUAUCUUCACUCACACAAAAAUCACAAAAUUGUAUAACCUCUAUGGAUCAACUGAAUCGACUUAUGCAACUUUUCAUCUAUAUAAACCAGGGGAUCAUGUUUUUGAAACAAUAGGGCGUCCUAUUUCCAACUCUCGCAUUUACCUAUUAGACGCACAUGGCCAGCUGGUUCCUUUUGGAGCCGAAGGAGAACUUUAUAUUGGAGGCGCUGUUAUAGCUCGCGGCUACUUAAAUCGACCGGAACUUACCGCGGAACGUUUUCUUCCGGAUCCAUUCAGUGAGAAUCCAUCGGCACAAAUGUUCCGUACUGGUGAUCGAGCACGCUAUCUACCUGAUGGCAAUUUGGUCUAUUUAGGUCGCAUAGAUCACCAAAUGAAUAUUCGCGGUUUUCGAGUUGAGCCUGGAGAAAUUGAGGCGCUCCUCGUUGAACAUCCACUGGUGCGUGAUGCCAUUGUACAAGCAUGGACAGACGGUCCUGAAGCCAACGUUCGUCUGAUAGCAUAUGUAGUUGCUGACUCGAAUAUAUCGCUUGCUCAGAAUUUAAGAACCUAUCUUACUAACAUAUUGCCUGACUAUAUGGUGCCGGCAGCUUAUGUGUGUCUUUCAUCUUUGCCAAUCACAGCAAACGGUAAGCUAGAUCGUUCAGCCUUGCCGCCUCCUAGCGAUGAAGCAUUUGCUCGUCAGUCAUACGAAGCUCCGCAGGGUGAAAUUGAAGAAAAAUUAGAGUUAAUAUGGAGUGAGCUGCUAAGUAUUGAACGUAUUAGUCGGAACGAUAAUUUCUUUGAAUUGGGCGGACAUUCUCUGCUGAUUGUACGAAUGCUAACACAACUGCGGCAACUCGGAUUAGAGGCCACUGUUCAAGAAGUAUUUGGUAAUCCCUCAUUAGCCGCACUAGCUAAGAUUAUUGGCAAAUACCAGAAAAUCAUUAUUCCACCCAAUAUGAUUUCCAAAAAUUGCAAGAAGAUUACACCAGACAUGAUGGAAAUCUGGUAUAUCUGGGACGCACUGAUCAACAGGUAAAAAUACGCAGCU